AUGGUGGCAUACGAGCUGAAAAAUCAGGCCUCAAUCACAGCCCGUGGCGGGAACAGGAAUAUUCUAUCCAGGACCGAGAUAAUCUUCAAUUGCAACGGCUGGCGAAACUUCGGAAUUCUCUCAAUUCUUGGUUUUAGCUGUACCAUUUUGGGUACUUGGGAAGGUCUUCUCGGUACAUUCGUCAAUCCUUUGCAAAAUGGUGGAUCUGGAGGUGCUGUCUAUGCCUACAUUUUUGCUUGGGUCGGUACUGCCUGUACCUUUGUUGUCUUGGGUGAAAUGGGAUCUAUGGCACCUACAUCAGGAGGGCAGUACCACUGGUGUGCUAUGCUUGCUCCGAUAAAGCAGCAAAAGUUUCUUAGUUAUAUAACUGGUUGGAUGGCUGUGAUGGGUUGGCAAACUGCCUUCGCAUCAGCUUCAUAUUUAUGCGGAACUGAGAUCCAGGGAACCGCGAUUCUGGCCCAUAAGCUCUAUGAGCCUGAAGCGUGGCAUGGAACGCUGAUUGUCUGGGCAGCACUCGUCGCUGCACUUCUUGCUAAUUUAGUCGGCGGAAAAUUCCUGCCCCGACUCGAAGCAAUCAUCCUGGUGAUCCACAUUAUCGGAUUUUUUGGGAUCCUCAUCCCCCUGGUCUACAUGUCGGAACACAAGAGCAACGAUGAAGUAUUUCUGCAAUUCCUCAACAGUGGAGAAUUUCCAACACAAGGAAUAUCUUGGUUCGUUGGCAUGACUAGUUGUGCAUUUGCAUUCGCUGGGGGCGACGCCGCCGUUCACAUGGCUGAAGAGGUAAAUAAUGCCUCUCUUGUGAUUCCUCGCGCCCUAAUGAUGAGUGUCGGUAUCAAUGGCUGUCUGGGAUUCGGCAUGUUGCUUGCGAUGCUUUUCUGUCUUGGAAACAUGGAUGAUGCUCUGAACACCACCACCGGGUAUCCAUUUAUCGAAGUCUCCUGGCAGCUACCUCCCGCCAAUUUUGGUCGUUCGCGAGAGACAGAGGAGUCCCAGGCUGGCGUUUUUGGAGUCAGAUUGCCCAUGUGGUCCGUCCUACUUACAACGCUCAUCAGUUUGCUGCUCGCCCUGAUCAACAUCGGCUCUUCGGUCGCUCUGAACGAUGUUCUGUCAAUGGCGGUUUCCGGUCUAUACUCUUCCUAUCUCAUCGUCUCCGUUCUACUACUAUUCCGCCGAAUCAAAGGCGACAUUUCUCGGUACAAUGAUAACGACGAUGAUAUUGUGAACCUCCCCGGAAAAAAGCUGGUCUGGGGCCCAUUCCAUGUCCCUGGUAUUUGGGGUAUUUUAAUAAACGGGUUUGCCGUGAUUUAUAUUAUUAUUGUGAUCUUUUGGAGCUUUUGGCCUACCGCAAUGAACCCCAGCGUGACGGAUAUGAACUACAGUGUCGUUGGCUGGGGAGGCGUCAUAUUCCUUGCUUCCCUAUACUAUGUCAUCAGAGCCAGACACAUUUAUACUGGACCUGUGGUGGAGAUUUCCAUGUGA